CACGGAAAAACCUUCACUUAAAAGGUUCUUAGAGUUCCGUUUAACGGAGGGCAAUUUGGAAAGCGAAGAAGAAGAGCACCUUAGAUACAUUUGUGAAAUAAAUACUAUCAGUAAAUACUAUACUGAAACGUCUGAAAUUGGGCAGAAGUUGCUAACGUGGAAUCAGGAUUUUAAGGCAAGAUUUAUUCAAUUUAUCGAGGUUGGAGAAGUUGUUAGCCUGAGUUGUUCUGCACCGUCACCAACUACCUUGCUGGUUGCGACUGGUACAGGGAAAGGUUGCGUACUUGUUGGUGAGCACACCAUAAUAGAUAAUGUGUGUGUCACACGGGGUGUUGGUGUACUUGGUGAACACGUGGUGUUAGUGUACAAUGCAAUGCUUCAACGACUACCUUGCUGGUUGCGUACUGGUAUUGGGAAAGGUUGCAAUGAUAAAAAGUCAAAAGAAAUAACUCAUUUUUGGGAUCUGCAAGAUAAGAGGCAAAACGUUCAUUCAGAGAAGUUGUUGUUCGAGGAGGAAGCCAAAAUGAGUCAAAAUAAACUGGAAAAUCAGAUUUAUCUCGAACAGACACGAUAUAUUCUGGAUGCGACAAGAGAGAGAUCUUUACUACAAAGAACGAUCACCAACCGAUUUGAAAAAUACGUGUCAGAUAAUACUCUCCAACCCGUUGUGUCACAAAUAAACGAGAAUGAAAGAAAACGGCAUGCAGAGGAAAUCUCUCAUACCAUAACUACUCCUCCAAAUCUCCGUCCAUCAGUUGAGGAAAAGAAGGCCGAUGACCAUUUUUUUUUUUCGGAUCAGAUUGUUAAAGGGAACGAAGAUACUUCAUAUGAACGUCGUCGGCGUUGUUCUAUUCCGGAAGAUAAUGUAGCCAUCAUGUUUUCUAAUGCAUGGCUUUCUAGAAAACGUCUUCUCACUUCUCAGGUGCUUUUGCAGAUCAACUUGGAAGAGUUCCCGUCUGUAACGACAACAACUUCGUUAUAUGUUCCAUCUUCUCCACCAUCUACUUCUGAUUGCAAUAUUAGCGAAGAAUAUACAAUUGUAGAAAACCGCAGUUAUUCUAUAGAUUACCUCACUGGUCCCGGUGUUCCCGAAUGGCACCUGAACGAAGAUUCAAUUCGAUGGGUUGUAAACGACAUCGAUAUUACUGAGAUAUGUCGUGAAUAUCGUGCUGUUGUGGUUAAAAAAUGCGAGUCGAUGGAUGUUACUUUGAGUGCUACAGAAGAACU